AAACCCUGCUACUACUUAAAAUAAGAGUCGACUUAUUAUUGUUAGUAAAUAAUAAAAAAGAACCCAGAUGUCCCACCCAAACACACUGAACAAUGAGCAGUGCCUCCGCUGCAUGCAUUGCAUGAAGGUGGUCAAAUGCUCCCGAUACGAUACCACUGGACUCGUUCGUCACAUCGAACAGGAUCACCCGGAAAUUUUCGCCGUGGCUAGUGCAAGGAUCAAGAAUCUUCAUAAACUGGCUUCAGAUCACGGAAUCAGCGAAGAUCGCCUGUCGCAAAUCAGCAAAAUGACUGGUCUCUCGGAGUCCCAAAUGGCUGAAGAAGCUGAGCGAUAUAUGGCCAGGAAGAAUUGCUCUGUCCACUGGAGUGGAGAGCCGGAGAAAUCCAAGAAAGUCCCGACUGCGACUUGCAAGGUAUCCGCCACAAAGGACCAUCCAUGUACAUGUGGCAAGAAUGAGGCCAUGUCGACUCGAAAGCAGUGCUUUAAGUCCUCCGUGCACCAGUGGUGUGCCUCGAAUGGCAGUAUUUUUUGCCCGGCUUGCUGUUCCAAGAGACGUCCAGUAAUUAAGGCCGCCUCUGAAUUGCAGUCUGGAUGGUGUGCCAACUGCUGGCCGUUGCGCCUACUGCCCUGUUUAUCGACCACGGAUAAUCGGGAAUACCUUUACUGCUCCAAGUGCAACAUUUUCCUGGGUAUUUACAAUCCGGAUACGAAAAGUGUGCGACCCAACAGAGAAUUUGUGUUAAAUAACGUUCCAAAGAACCAAUAACUCCGAUUUAAAUGUAUUCCUUUUUUCCAAAUUAUUUGUAUAAUAACCAUGACUUGGGUAUACAAGAGCCACUUGCACAUAAUUUUGAUUUAGAAACCUAUAACCAAAUUUUCUGUAUAUAACGUUUGUUCCAUACAAUUCGUCUUCUUAACUAUGUUUUGUAACAGCAAUUUCUCUGUAAUUGUUACAAAACAUAUUUGUAUCUUCUGGAUAAAUUGAUGUUUUCAUGGCCAAAAUAUAUGGAUACCAAGAAACGGGUUGAUUCACUUCAAGA